UGACUGAGCAUAGAAUCAGAGGACUCGGAGCCAGGGACGACACCUGAUGGACAGAUACACCUUCAUUGAGAACUUCAACAAUCAAGGAUGCCCUUUCAAGACCUACCUGUGCUACGAGGUGGAGAGGCUGGAUGGGGUGAUCCCUCUGGAUGAGUACAAGAGAUUUGUGUGCAACAAGGGUCCUGAUCAACCACACGGACCCCACCAUGCGGAGUUCUACUUCCUGGAACAGAUCCGUUCUAGGAAUCUGGACCAGAAUCAGCGCUACAGGCUCACCUGUUUCAUCUCCUGGAGUCCCUGUUACUCUUGUGCCCACAACCUGACUACGUUCCUGAAGGAGAACCGCCACAUAAGCCUGCGCAUCUUUGCCUCCCGCCUCUAUACCAGCAACCGUUUUGGGGACUAUCAGAAAGGCCUGUGCGAACUGCAAGCGGCUGGGGCCCAAAUCACCAUCAUGACCUCUCAGGACUUUGAGCACUGCUGGGAAACCUUUGUGGACCACCGGGGAAAUCCCUUUCAGCCCUGGGAGGGGCUGGAGGCAAAGAGCCAAGAGCUCUGUGAGAAACUGCAGGCCAUUCUCAGGACUCAGCAAAACUGAAGGAUGGACGCCAGCCUCUCUAAAGAACAGGAGACCUCUAUUGAACAACAGAACAAAACACCUUCUUUUAAGAAAUAUAAACAUGCCAUUUGCUACUGUCUCCAGACUGAUCCAAACAGACCAGCAAAAAGCAAAUGGCUCAAAAGAAAUAGCUUUUUUAAAAUAAAAAUCUGAGUAGAUUUACUUUUCAUUCAAACCUAUGUUGUGUUUCAAAUCUACAUC